AUGCUACCACCGACUGCAGACGCUGAUCAGGAAGACCCAACAACUCAGAUUACCUGGCCUAAUUCGAGGCGGAGAGAAUCAGAUUCAAGCAAUGUCCUCCAUGACGAGCCCCAAAUACCCUAUGAACAGGACACAACGAUGACAAGGAAACCAAAGGUUCUGAAGAAGAGACUUUCAACAUGGGACUUGAUAACGCUCUCGAUAUCGAUGCUCGGAGCUCAGAUAGUCUGGACGGUCGAGCUUGGCUAUGGAACACCCUUUCUUCUUUCUCUUGGGAUUAGCGAACAGCUGACAGCCCUAGUCUGGUUAGCUGGCCCCAUUAGUGGGUUGAUUGCACAGCCGGUCAUUGGGGCAGUCUCCGACUCUUCAACGUCAAAGUACCGUCGUAGAUAUUGGGUUAUCCUUGCCACGGUUGUACUGGUCGUUUCGACGCUUGUCCUCGCGUAUUGUGAAGCAUUGGCCGCGUUCUUUGUAGACCUUUUCCAGGUCGGCGCUGGUGACUGGGAUGAGAAACGGACAACAAGGGUUGCCAACACAGCAAUAUGUUUGGCUAUCGUCGCAUUCUAUCUACUCGACUUUGCUUUAAACGGAUUGCAAGCUUCCCUGAGGAACCUACUCCUAGAUGUCACUCCAGCCUCUCAGCUCAACGCAGGGAAUGCCUGGCAUGGACGUAUGACCCACGCUGGGAACAUCAUCGGUUUCGGCUUCGGUUUCCUUCCUUUGGCAAAACUUCCAUUCUUCCGACUGCUUGGUGGAACACAAUUUCGGAAGUUUUGUAUUCUUUGCAUCAUAAUUCUUGUAAUCACCGUCUGGACAACGUGUGCUCUACACGAGGAGCAAGAACGCGAGAAGAAGAGCAGCUCGCAAGGAAAAUUCCGCGAAAUAUGGACCAACAUCAAGGUUGCGGUCCUGAAUCUUCCAAAACCCAUUCGCCGAGUCUGCUACGUACAGUUCUUUGCUUUUAUGGGAUGGUUCCCCUUCUUGUUCUACUCGACUACCUAUGUCGGUCAAGUAAUGGCUCUAGAACUGGGCAGAGAACCCGAUCCUGACCUUGCAACUCGUACCGGAGAGUUCGCCAUGCUUCUAUACAGCAUCGUGGCUGUGAUCGCGGGCACCGUCCUUCCACACUUGGCGAAUCGUGAUCGUCGACUGAUGGCUCACAAAGAUGAUGUCGACGAAGAUGCUGAACUCACUCGAAUCAAGAACACAGUACGUCAAUGGAAAGCUGAAGCCGCGAGGAACGGAAAACCGCUUCGACUACCCAUGAUGCCAUUCCUGUUGCGCAACAUCUGGACCGGUGCUCUCCUUUGGUUCUCCGUACUGACUCUGUCUACGUUCUUCGUGAAGACUGUCACUCAGGCAACCGUGUUCAUUGCUCUAGUGGGCGUCUGCUGGGCGGUAGCAAUGUGGGCACCAUUUGCAAUCAUAAUGGAGCUCCUCAAGGAACUUUCGGAAAACAACCAGCUUUCCAACGACGACAGAAGGCCAUUGCAUAGCCGUACGCAUUCGACGCCCGGCUUGCGAAGUGUACGCUCCAGUGAACGACAGCCUCUUCUUCGGCGACGUUCUCUGGAAGAAUUUGGGAACGAUGCGAAUGAUGAAUCUUCGCCUCGAACUCCAGUUGCAGGCGGUACUAUCUUGGGCGUACACAAUCUUGCUAUCGUUAUGCCGCAGUUCGUGGUCGCGGUUGUGACCAGUAUAAUAUUCCGUAUUGCAGAUGGAAACACCGUUGUUGAAGGAGGUGAUGAAUCUGAUGCAUAUUUUGGCAAGAACGGCGUUGCUUGGGUAUUACGAUUUGGUGGAGUGUGUACUCUUGUAGGAGCGGUAAUCGCGCGGAUGGUACCUCCUACCCCAACGGAAAAAGCGAUGCGGCGAAGACUUGGUGACAUGCGAGAUCUCAAGGAGGAAAUGGGUGCUUGACGAAAGCGAUCUAGUGUAAUCUUUCUCUUUUAUCAUUGGGCCAACCGGGACUACUCUUCGGUACUACAAUUCACUAUCUACUCACAAUGUACGGUGUACUCUAUCAACCAUGUAUGACUUCAAAUCUAUACCUAAUUUCGCAAAUGAUCCCAAGCGCCCGAAUAAUUGUCAUUGGAAUUUGGCGCUAGAUACACGUGAACAAUUUUUACUUUCUUCCGGACUAAACUACAAAUAAAACAACGACGA